AUGGAAUCAGACAAGACCUUUGCUCUCACCUAUUUAGGGCGCUUUACUGCCCACAAUUUUGGGUGUUCCAACAGCGAUGCUGUUCACCACCAACUCGUUGAAUACUACAUCGCCUAUCUAAAAUACGCCCUCGAAAAUCGGAUCCCAUUUAGCAAACUUGAUAUACAAAAUCCCAUUGAAUCGCGUUUGGUCUCUCUCGAGGAUGACCGUCUCAGUGUUCGCAGUUGGCGCUAUCGCAGCUUUGACACAAAGGGGACUCUGAUCAAUGAAAGGGAUGUAUAUAAAGCUGAGCGCAUUGUCCUUUGCGACUGUCUUUGCUUUGAAGUGGUUCAGUCAGCCGCACGAAGGCAUUCGAAUCUGUGCUACGGCUAUCUGCGUAGAGCCUCCGAUGCACGUUACACCAUUCCUGAGUCAAAUCUCCACGAACUGGAUGCUCAGCUGAGCGCGUGGCUCUUAAAAUACCGCCGAUUUCCACGUCCACCACUUGUAGUAAUUGCUAUUCGACGAGGAUUUGGAGAGGAAAAUGCCGUGGACCUUCUUGUUUUCUUCGCGCCUAAUUUGAAGGUGGGACUUGACUUUGUCCGCAGUGUCACUGAGAUGACCUGCCGUGCUGGAGAAAUGAAAGCAACACCUCGUCGAAGACGAGCAAAAACGGUUGACACAAGGUACUCCAGUCCACCGGCCAUGUCGCCAAGAAGACCCGAUGGACGUUCACGAUCUAAGGAACGGUCCAGAGAGCCAAGAAAGUGUCAAGGCAGAAAUAGCACUCAAGCUCGACCACUUUCUGUGGAACCACUCUGUGAGCCGAUGCAGAAAAUGCAACUGGAUAUGCACAAUAGUAAUGUAUGCUGUGAACCCUACCAUUGCCAUUGUGAAUGCUGCCAAUCCAUGGGACUUCUACCUUCUAUAUUUACUUCCAGUGAAUUAGAAAGGAUGCAAAAUAGAAUUAUGCAAUACAGGCUUGGCCAAGAGGCCUUGCAUCAUGUGUACAAUCGCAGGGUUGGGUUGCAAAAUUAUAAGAGGCCAAAUAGACAAGUCCCUAAGGGCAUGCAGGCAAAAUUGCGUUCCCGUUCCUGCUCUGGCCUCAAUGAGGAUUCAAGUGAAUUGUGCGAACACAAUGUGUGA